AUGGCGAAUAGUAAUGAAAUUAAUGAUAUGGCAAAAAUCUUGGCUGUACUUUCGAACGAAGAAGAAUUAAUUAUUAAACCAUUUCAAUCGACAACUGCAAAUGAAAUUGGAGCAGUUGAAUGUGGAAAAAUUGUAUCAAGAGUUAAUAAAGCUUUAUUUGAUUAUCAAAUUGGUGAUAAAGCCAAUACAUCUACAUUAAAUUCAAUAUUUACACAUCGAAUUAUUUUAACAAUACCUGGUACAAAACAAAUUGUUUUGGAAUUCUAUCAUAAUCGUCUACCUCUUUUUUGUCAAACAUGUUGUAAACAAGAUGUACAAUGUAAAACAACAGUAUCAGAUGAAAGUCUAGUGGUUGGAUCUGUACGACAAGGGUAUGUUUAA